GUUCAGGACCUUACAGAGCACAACUCAAGUUAGCAGCAGAGAAAUUGUGGAAUCCAAAUGGAAAAACAGCAGAAAGCUGUUAGCCAAAUACGUGAAGGAGCUUCAGUUUAAAUACACACCACUUGUUCUGGUGAAUGACGUGUCUGACGUUUACCCUGAAAACAAAUACAAGAAGUCACGUAAAAAGAAAUGUAAAAGGUACAUACCUAAAGAAGACAAGCCAAUUAACAUUGAGGACCUGCUGACCAUGAAAGAGCAGAAGAUCCUACUGGUGGGGAAGCCUGGAAUUGGGAAAACCUUCUGUGUCCUCCAGUUACUGAAUCUGUGGGCUGAGAGCGUUGAGGACACUCUCUAUGUCUUUUAUUUCGAUGCAGGAAGUGCACGCCAUGUUAGAGACUCUGAAGAUCUGAGGUCCUUACUGUUCAGUUACUGUAAACCAGAGAGAAUGAUUGAAGACGAUCUUUAUACUGAUAUCGUAAAUGGAAACACCAAUGUGCUCCUCAUAUUUGAUAGCUUUGAUGAAAUCCGGCCGACAUGUCAGAAUGAAAAGAUUGAAAGAGUUAUUUAUGGAAUACUAAAUAAAUAUGAACUGGAAAAAGCCAAGGUCAUCGUUUCAUGUCGACCUUCUGUAGAAGAACGGGAGCUACCCGACUGGGCAGACUGUAGGGUGGAAGUUCGUGGGUUUGGUGAAAAAUCAAUUUCUGAAUAUUUCAAGACUACACUUGAAGGCCAAUGCAUUUGUGAGGAAGAUGUGAUGUUGUAUGAGAAGAACAUCAAUGUCUUCAGUCUCUGUCAUGUCCCGCAGUAUGCAUUCAUAGUCAUGUGCUACAUGUUGAGUGAAGGCCGCAUGAAGUUACAACAGAAAAUCUCUUCUGUGACCACUCCAAGUACGGUGACUGAGCUCUAUGUGCACAUAUUCCGCCAUUGUGUCGGUCAGCACAUGUUGAAGGUGACACAUUCUGGGACAGGAAAUGUUGAUGUGUACAUUGAGCAACAUAAAGAGGAGAUAAUGACAUUAGCCAAAAAAGGGUUUGAUGCCAUUUUGAGUAAAAGUGUGAACCUUAUUGAUUGUCAACUGAAAAGAAUGCCAUGUCAAUCCAUCAAAUGUUGUUUCUUAGGUUCCACCAGCAUUGAUGAGACGCUUACCUCCAAAGAAACCUACUUUGCCUUCCUCCAUAACACAAUGCAGGAGUUUUUUGCUGCUCUUUGGAUUUUGGAAAAUAAAAGCAACAUAAGCGACAUAUUUCAGCGCAGUCUGACCGCGGGUGAAAGUCACUUGAAGUAUGUGAUUUACUUCCUGUGUGGACUUCUUACCAUUAAAAAUUCCAAAUUAAUGGCACGUUUAUUUAAGGAAAAUCCCCCAGACGUCCUCUCAGAGUCUGUAAUCCACAACAUAAUUGAGCUCAUUCAGUCAGCUGAAGAGGACAUUGGAGGAGAAGAACGGAUUUUGUUUGCUUGCCAGUGUUUAUAUGAGGCCCAGUCAACUAAGGUGUGUGCUCAGGUUUUGGAGGCCAUCGAUUUUGAGUUCUGCCUGGAGGACGAGCACAUUGACCCGUACCAGAGCCGUGCAGUGAUCUACGUAGUGAAUGAAGCAAUCAAGGAGACGUAUUCAGAUUUGGAAAUGCAGGACCACCGGCUCUUCAUCCUUGGCUACAAACUGCUGCUGGAGUGUACAGAAAGUUACAGAGCAUGGGGCAGACAUGUUGAAACUGAAGAGGCCUCAUUUGAACCCCAGGCGCCGUCGUCGUCUGUGCGAAGUUUGAGUGUUCUCCACAU